GGUGUUGGGUCUUUCCUUCCACUAUGUGGGUCCCAGGAAUUGAACUCAGGUCAUCAGGUUUGGCAGUAGGCACCUUUACCUGCUGAGCCAUCUCUCCGGUCACCCUUUUCCUGUUACUUUUAUAAUUAUCACAUGGAAUUAGAAUAUCCUUGUCCUUGUUAUACCACAAAGUUCUGUAUUUAGUAAUUUAAUGUAUUUAGACAUGAAGGAUAUGCUUUUACACAACAAAGGGCCAAAGAGCCUUUAUUGCAUGGUCCUUCAGGAUGUUGACCCUAUGAAUUUCACCUCUGGCAAACUUCUUGAUCUCUUUAAAUCAGGGACUAUCAUUUGUCUUACAUAACUGAACUUUUGGAAGGCAUCAGACGAGAUGGUGAAAAUGGAAUCUGUUUACGCCAUGUACAUUUACAAACACUCAUGACUAUUAAAGUUAAAACUGCAUUUGGUAUCCCAAUUUUAAAUUGCAUUGUCAAGAAGCUUUAUGGUCAAAUAAGAUUUAUUUCUUGAGGUAAUUAUGAAAAAAGAAAUGAGUCUAUAAGAAACUAAAGCCCAACAUGUCCUGUGUGCCAAUCCCAGUUUUAGAAAGGACAUUUUUGAUGGUGUUGAUUCUUCAUGGACACAUGUGAUCCAAGUGCCGUGUGGGAAGGCUGGGAUGGGAAGAAGAAGGAUGCCUCUCUUUUUAUUUUCCAAGAAAAACGAUUCCUCUUAAACGUGUAAUAGAAAGGAGACUCUACCCACAGGUUGGCUCAGGUGAAUUUCCCUUUGAUUUGGUUGGAUUCCUGGUACGUCCAGGGUUUAUGCAAAAAUUUCUUUGCCAAUCUGGUUGCCAAAAACUCUGUUAUUAAGUGUUAUACAGACCACAGCUGGCCAUUUAAUGCCACAAAACAUGGCAUCUUAUGGAGUUCUAGUCAUGUCAAAGGGAAGUUUGCCCUGGAGAUUUAGGAAGGUUUGAACCAGCUAGAGCCUUUACCAUGGAAUAAGAGCGGAUCUACUUAAAGGCAAGUAGCAGCCAGGAGAGCAGAGAGGGCUUUGAGCUUGCCUGCUGUGAUGUGACAGGUAAGCCAACUGACCUCUUUGGAUUCAAAUCUCUCAGCUGAGAUCCAUGGGGUGGGGCUGGAAAACCUGGGUCUCCUAAGUCAAAAUACCAAGGUUUUAAAAAUGCCAAUUCUGUGCUAGCAGAUUCAGUUGAUACCAGAGUGGUGAGGCGGGGGAAUGAAGACUUAUUUUUUUGAGAGGAGAGCUCACAAUAACAUGAACAAUGUAAAAAUACUUUGCACAGUAUGGAAUUCCCUCUGAACUCUGAGAGUUCAGUGUAAUAACAAAUCCACUGGGAAAAGGGGGCGGGCAGAGGAGGGAGGUCAGGCAGCAUAUGUGACUAUCAAACCCAAGAGUAAGGCAGGAUAUAAUGGGCAGGGGACGCUAAGUGGGCAUGGAAGGAAGAGGGACCCUUUAACCAGGAGUGUAGUUUAAGUUACCUUGUGGUCCCAGGGACUGAAUGGAGGUCUUCAGGCUGAGUGGCAAGCCCCAUAACCCAGUGAGCCAUCUCCUGGGCCCUAUUUUAUAAGCCUGUAACCCCGAACACAACAUUCCAACAACCUUAUAACCUCAUUUAUUGAAGAAAAAUUCUUUAGAUAAAAAUAAGCAUACCAAUGUAUCUUAAUUUCCUUUUCUUUUUCAGUUUUUUGAGGCAACGUUUGGCUCAAGCCCAGGGUGACCUGGAACUUCCUCUGUAUCCCAGGCUAGCCUCAAACUAAAGGCUAUCCUUCUACCUCAGUUUAUCGAUUGCUGGAGUUACAGGUGUAAGCCACUACCCACACCUGCACCUCCCUUAAUCUUUCUUUUAGACAGUGUAACUUCCAAACCCAGGCUUGCUUUCUGUCUUGAGAAGUCUGAGCCUCCUCAACUGGACUUUGUCAUGCUUUCUUAGGCUUCUCUCAACGCCCUUGCUUAAGCUAGAGACUAUAUUUUCUUGAUAACCAAGUUUUGCUUCACAUGGACUUUCUGAAAUUCUUUUCUGUGGCCUAAGAUCCUGGUUUCACCUGAGUGGAGAUCUCUGAGAAGAACUCAGGGGUUGAUGAGAUGGCUCCGCAGUUAAAGGAGAAUGCCUCCAAGUUUGACACCGAGUUCCGUCCCUGGCAUCCGCGUGGUGGAAGACGAGCACUCCAGUAAGUUCCUCUGACAGUCUGUCUUCUGACCUCCACACGCAUGCUGUGGCAGGAAUCCCCUCCAACCAUGAAAUUAAUAAGAAAACAAAUAUGGGAUGUUUUGUUUGUUUAAAAGAAGAAUUGUGCCUCCGAAAUAAUUGUCUGCAUUUUUUAAAUUCAAGAAGUGGGAAUUCUGUUGCUUGCCCAAUCCCACUGCAGCGAGGGAGGGGAUUUCAGACUCCCCUGUAGCACUAAUGCAAGUUCCUGGGAACCCCAGGAGGAACUCCACAGGGUUUAGGACAUGACGCAGCCGAGGCUAACAGGGAGUAGUAGAUGGAGCGUUUCAGUUAACCGUGGAAGCAACCCUACGAGUUUAUAGUUAGCACUGUUUAGUCCCAGCAGGUUCAUCGAGGGGGCGUUCAGCCUGGCAGACCCUGUGGCCUGGGACCAUCUUCCAGGCAGGCGUGGCGGGAGGGCUCCCCGUGCAGGGUGUGCGCACGGUUGAGGACGCGCACCUGUGGUCUCCCAAAUGGUCAGGCUCGGCUUCCCAGGCUUUUCUGUCGCUUUGCUGUCCCACUUAACAGCGUCGACUUGAAACGGGAAGCUGGAGCUGCAGAAGCGCGCAGGCCGCAGCAACCCAAGCCCUGAGCUCUGCCUCCACCCGGGUGGCGGGUCCCCGCCGCAGUCCCUCCCUGCAAGGGUGCAGGAGGUGCUCAGCUGACCUGGGGGCGGGCCCAGACUCUGGGCGGGGACAGAGCGGCCAAGCCUUGGCGAGGGCUGGGGCGACACUGCCGGGUCUCUGUUGCUAGCCGUCAGCAUGCAUCUCCACCUGCUCCCGCUGUUAGCGCUGUGCGGGGCGUGCUGCGUGGCGGCGGGUCCUAGCUACAGCCUGCGGGGCAGCUGGCGGGUGAGCAACAGGAACGGCUCCCUGAAACUACCGGGGACCGUCCCGGGCUGCGUGCACAGCGCCCUGUACCAGCGCGGGCUGAUCCAGGAUCCAUACUACAGAUAUAAUGACCUUCACUACAGAUGGAUUUCCUUAGAUAACUGGACCUACAGCACAGAAUUUAAAAUCCCCUUUAAUGUCAGUGAAUGGCAGAAAGUAAAGUUGAUUUUUGAAGGAGUUGAUACAGUUGCAGAAAUCCUGUUCAACAAUGUCAUUAUUGGGAAGACAAACAACAUGUUCACUGGAUAUAGCUUCGACGUCACCGGUAUGGUCAGAGACACGAACUCCCUAAGGCUACGGUUCCAGUCAGCCGUGCAAUAUGCUGAGCUUCGGAGCAAAGCUCACACUCGCUACUCGGUGCCCCCAGACUGCCCCCCGAAGGAGCAGAACGGUGAAUGUCAUGUCAACUUUAUCCGAAAGGAGCAGUGUUCCUUCAGCUGGGACUGGGGACCUUCCUUCCCCUCUCAAGGAAUCUGGAGAGAUGUCAGACUUGAAGCCUAUAAUAUUAGUCAUCUGAAUUACCUCACAUUUUCUACAAUAUACGAUAACACUUCUCAAGAGUGGAAUAUUGAAAUCGAGGCUUCUUUUGACGUUGUCAGCUCCAAGCCAGUUGUUGGUGAGGUGACUGUAGCCAUCCCUAAACUGAAAAUACAGCAGAAAUACAACAUUAAACUCCAACAGAGGCAAAGGGUUGUUAAACUCCUGGUGAAAAUUAGCAAGGAGGUUGCUGUGGAGACCUGGUGGCCUCAUGGACAUGGAAACCAGACUGGAUACAGCAUGACAGUUCUCUUUGUGCUGGAUGAAAGCCUAAAUAUUAAAAAGUCAGCCAUGGUUUAUUUCAGGACAGUGCAACUUAUAGAAGAGCCCAUAGAAGGGUCUUCUGGCCGGAGUUUCUACUUCAAAAUUAAUGGACUUCCUAUAUUUUUGAAAGGCUCAAACUGGAUCCCAGCUGACUCAUUCCAGGAUAAAGUUACUUCCGAACUGUUGCACCUCCUUUUGCGGUCUGUUGUGGAUGCUAACAUGAAUGCGCUGCGGGUCUGGGGAGGAGGUAUUUAUGAGCAGGAUGAAUUCUAUGAACUCUGCGAUGAACUUGGAAUAAUGGUAUGGCAGGACUUCAUGUUUGCCAGUGCCCUUUAUCCAGCUGAGAAGAGCUUCGUGGCGUUAGUGAGAGCCGAAGCUGCUUACCAGAUCAGGAGGCUCAAAUCUCACCCCUCAAUCAUCAUAUGGAGUGGUAAUAAUGAGAAUGAAGUGGCACUGAGUAUCAACUGGUUUCAUAUUAAGCACCAUGACUUGAAAACCUACAUUAGAGACUAUGUGACCCUUUAUGUGAGAAACAUCAGAGAGAUUGUUUUAUCAGAAGACAAGACCCGUCCUUUUAUUGUGUCCAGCCCCACCAAUGGGGUCAAAACCAUGGAAGAAGGUGGGAUCUCUGAAGACCCUUACAGCAGCCUUUAUGGUGACGUACAUUUUUAUGACUAUGUCAGUGACUGCUGGGAUUGGAAGAUCUUCCCAAAAGCUCGAUUUGUAUCCGAAUAUGGCUACCAGUCAUGGCCUUCCUUUAGCACACUAGAAAAGGUCUCAUCUCAGGAGGACUGGUCUUACACUAGCCGCUUUUCCCUUCACCGACAGCAUCACGUAAAUGGUAACAAUGAAAUGCUUGAACAGGCUCAACUUCACUUCAGAUUCCCCCAAAGGACAGACCCCUUACUCAAAUUUAAAGAUACUCUCUACCUUACUCAGGUGAUGCAGGCCCAGUGUGUCAAAACAGAAACUGAAUUCUACAUGCGCAGCCGCAGCGAGAUAGUGGAUGGAAAAGGCCACACCAUGGGGGCUCUUUAUUGGCAGCUGAAUGAUAUCUGGCAGGCUCCUUCCUGGGCCUCUCUUGAGUAUGGAGGAAAAUGGAAAAUGCUGCAUUACUUUGCUCGGCGAUUCUUUGCUCCGCUGCUGCCGGUCGGUUUUGAAGAUAAAGGAGUGUUUUAUGUCUACGGUGUGUCAGAUCUUCACAGAGACUACAACACACAGCUCACCGUGAGGCUCUACAGCUGGAGAUCCCUGGAGCCUUUGUGCUCUCUUGUGACUUCACCUACUGUGAUUAGAGCUGGGAAGGCUGUGGUUCUCUACAAGAAGCCGGUGCUGGAACUGCUGAAGAGAUGUUGGGGUUGUACGAGGGAAACCUGUGUGAUUUCCUUCCACCUCUCAACUGACAGUGACCUCUUCAGCCCAACCAACUAUCAUUUCCUGUCCUCCCUGAAGGAUGCCAAAGGGCUGGUCAGGGCCAACAUCACUGUUGACAUCUCUCAGAAGGGUGAUUUGUUUGUGUUUGACCUGAAAACUUCUGCCAUCGCUCCCUUUGUUUGGUUGGAUGUAGGAAGCAUCCCAGGGAGAUUUAGUGACAAUGGCUUCCUCAUGAUUGAGAAGAUGCGUUCUGUACUGUUUUACCCUUGGAAGCUCACUAGCAAGAGUGAGCUGCAGCAGGCUUUCAGUGUGACCUCCCUGGCAGAUAUCUACUGAAGAGACAUGGACGGUAUUUCAGUGGACACUGGGAAUGAGGCCUUUCUAAAGCGUGGCUGGAAAGAAGGGCCGCCAGAGCUAAAGAAGCCACGGCACAUCUGCUAGCUGGUGUGCACUGACUGUUCACUCUUCCAGUUUGUACAGUGAAUACUUUCAAAGAUGGCUCAUCACCCAGGUGGUGCCCUUAGACAAGGUCAUGCCCAGAUGUUCUUGAAUCUCCCAGGAUUGUGUUUUUAGGACUUUGUUCCACAGCUAAAACACAAUGAAGAAGAGUUAGAUAACUCGAUGAUCUUUUGGGGAACCACUAGAUUGUGACCUGACAGUAUGCAUGGAACUAAAUGUGGAGGUAAUGUAGGCCUUUUAGAACAGUGUAAAAUUCUACCCACUGAAGACAGAGUGUGAAGUUAUUAUUGCCAGAGGAAAUGGGAGCUCAGUACAAUAGAGAUUACAAUAGUUACAAGAGAAACUGUUAGAUGGCAGCCAUAUUGAUUGUUGUUGGUAGACAGUGGAGGGGCUUGAAGGUUGUCAUUUGGUUACCAUCUUGAGGUAGGAUUCCUUUUUUCGUAUAGUUCAUUAUUAAAAGACCAAGAGAGUGAUCUUUCUUUGAAGAGCAGUAUAGACUGGUUGUGCUGGUACCUUCCUGUAGUCCUAGCACUCUGGAAGCAGAGGCAGGAGAAUCACAAGUUCAAGGCUGGCCCUGAUUACACUGUAGAAUUUUUCCCCUGUAUUGGCUCUAAGCUUUCAUGUGACCAUUAGGCUAACACUGAUUCUGGUGAGCUUUCUAAUCAAAAGAUAUGAGCUACAUUUAAACUCAUCUACUCUGGUGUGGAAGUAGCAAAAAAUGUUGAUAGGUAGCUAAUUUGGGUACAGGUUUGCAGACUUUUUUGUACUACUUUUGUACUUUCUAUAUGUUUAAAAUUAUAUAAAAAGCCAUAGUUUAUACAAAUUGAUUGACAACUUGAUAGUUCAUCUGCACUCUGUUUCACCAUUUAAUAAACAUUCCAUUGUGUGCAAGGCU